ACAUAAUAUAAAUGUCAUUUGUAUAAUGUGAUGAUUCAAUGCAACAAUAGAUUUUUCUUGAUUAAAAUUUUUAAAAUUUAAAUAAAUUAUUGAAUUGUUAUUUAACAAUAUUUUUGCUUUAUUAAUAUAUACGAAUAAGUGGAGAUUGUUCCAUUUAUACGGGACUGGUAUCGUUAUCCCCUCCACGAAAUAUUAAGAACUAUAUAGAUUCGCUAUCUCUUUGAACGUAGUGCUUUAUAAUGUUAACCGGUAUUCGAAUUUAUGAGAAAUUAUUACUAUGACAGCAUAUAUUUUUAAAUGUGGCAUUUUUUAAAAGAUAUUAUAAUUAACUUCGUGAAAAUAAUUGUGAAGUUCAGUUAAAAAAAAGAAUACAUAGAAUAUUAAGACACCUAACUGUAUAAUAUUAAAUGGAAUAUGGAUACUAAUUUAUGUGAAAAAAAUGAGAAAAAAAUGCAAGCAGAUAUAUCUUUACAAGAUACUUUACAUAAUAAAAAUCACAAUUUAGAAGUAUCUAAUUGUCAUUAUAUGGUUAAUGAUGAGUUGACAUAUAUACAAGCAAGAGAAAAGAAGAUACAUAUGGAUACAACAAGUAAUAUCAAGCAAAAGAAGAGAAUAACAAAAAUGAAGGUGAAGAAAUAUAAAAGUGAAGGAGAAUCAAGUUAUGAGUCAACAAAAUUAGAAGAUAAUUUAACUCAGGUAUUGGAAAAAUUUAAAAGAGGAUGUGAAUGUCAAGAUGAUCAGUGUUUUAAAGGUUUAAAUCCUGAAACAGUAUAUCGUCACAGACUAAAUAUUGCAGAAUUAACCAAAGCUGAACAUGAUAUGUAUUUAAUGGGUGUUACUAUGGCCUGUUUAACCAAUCCUUAUGAGACAGCAAGACAUACAGAACGACGUAGAUUACGAGCACAAUAUGUAUAUCAGGGUAGAAGAGUUUGUUUAGAUGCUUUUUUAUAUUUAGAAAACUGUACACAUUAUCAAAUAAAACGAAUUAGGAAACAUUUAAUGACCCAUGGUGUCACUCCACGAGUUCAUGGAAAUCAUGGAAAAAUUCCACAUAAUACAUUUUCAUUAGAUAUUUAUAAAAUUGCUACAGAAUUUUUAAAAAAUUUUAUUGAAUUACAAGAAACAAAACAAAAGACUAAAGUUGCAAAAAAUGCACAAUUACAUCUUCCAUCAGAUAUUACACGUAAAGUAGUAUAUGAUUCCUAUAUACAAUAUUGUAGAAAAAUAUCUCCUGAUAUAAAAAUAAUGGGAUAUUCAACAUUUAGAAGAUUUAUGAAAGUCCAAUUUCCACAAGUAAAAUUUGCUAAAUUAGAAUUUAUGAUUAGAAAUCAAAAUAUGCAGAAUCAAGGAUGUAAUAAAAUUGAGUUGGACAAGAAAAAUGGAACUAAUGAUGGAACAUCUGAAUCAGCAGAACUAAUAACAGAGGGCAGUGCCUUAUUACCUUUAUUAAUUGCUAGUGAAACAGGACAAAGUGAUACUUAUUUUUUAACACCAAUUAGCAAAUUACAAGAUGGUAUGAGUUAUCAAAUAACUACAAGUGGAUUUCUAGUCAAUAAAUCACCAUUACCUGUUUAAGAUAAUAUAAUUAAUAUAAAAUAAUAUUUAAAAAAAGUCAUUUAUAUUAUAAGUACAAUCAUAAAUAUAAUGUAUAUGAAAAAAUAUACA